AGUUUACCCUCUUAUUUUUAUCAUUUCCAAUGUGAAUUUAUUAGUACACUUAUAUGUGAAACUAAUGCAAUAAAUAGGGGGAAUACUUGAAAUAUACAAUUCAACUAAUAGCCAUUAUAGCCAGCAUGGUUGAGUAAAACUAGAAUUUGGCUAGCUCAAUAUCUUUGCUUUGUUUUUUGGCUAGCCAGAUAGCAAGCUUACCUUUGAAUUCACCAGGAGAACAGGGGCAGAAAGGGGCGUACAUGAUGUCUUGGGAUUUUUAAUAGAUAAAUAUAAUUGUACAAUCCGUUGUUGAAAAAAGUCUAAGUAUCUAAAAGAGGCUCUAAAGAAGAAAUUGCCAUCUUCCAUGUCAAUCAUCAAGGAUGACAGAGCCUUUUCCGGCUUCUUAUUUAAGCUAGAUGUGGCUACACUUUCUACCACCAUUCAACCAUGACCUCUCUUCAAAAAUUACGUUAUUUUUAGAAGGGAAACGUUCCAUAUGGUUAGAUAUUAAUGCACCAAAGAAAAGUUCAAAAACAAAUACUAAACAAAUAAUAGUGUUAGGGGUAUUUUCUGGAUUAGUUUGUCAAGUGCUUCACUUGUAGCCUAUAGAAGAAUUUAAUGUUAAUAUAUAUAUUAGGAUUAUACAAAAAUAGAGCAUUAUAAAUCUUCAUAAUGUAAAAUCUAAGAUGGUUGUUACUAACUGGACCAGAGUCUGUAUAGUAUUAACAAACGCAUAUAUAUAUAAUACUCCUACAUAUAUAGCUGUUGAUAUGAAGAGAGGGAGCGGAAAAAAGAGAAAUGAGGAAGAUACACUGGAGUUUUAAAUUCAAGUUAGCUCUUCGAUUUCGCAGCUUUCAGCUAAAGUCAAUUUUGUUUGUGUAUUGGAACUUUUUUUUUCUGAAAGGUUGUGUUAGUGUAUUGGUAUUUGAUAUGUUAGGUGAAACUUUGAAUAGGGAAUGCUGGUGUCACAACUCCACUUACUAAACAAAACUUGAUAAACUUCUUUGACUUUUGUAUACUUACUUUAAGAACGUUAGUACAUACUUUAAGAAUGCUGGUGUCACAAUAGUUUGAUGUUUAAAUUACUAUAAGAUGUGUAAAUCCUGACAAACCUUGAAACAUGUGUAACAAAGUCCAAACCUUGUAUGUUUACUUAUCUAAAACAGAGUACUGAAAUGAAAACAAAGCCGAAAGAGGGUUAAGUGCUCUUUGAUGAGCAACUUCAAAUCAGAAAUUGAAGGCUGAUCACUCUUUAUCACUGUUAACUAUUCUAGAUUAUCCUACAGCGUGACACCCACUUAAAAUUAGAAGUAAUAAUUUAGUUCUAUAACCAAUUACUACUAAUUCUUUAAAAUCUGCCAAUCAAGAAUAUAAUACUGCUAGUAACACAAAAGGAGAUGUACUAAUGACAAGUCAAAGAACUUUAAUGUAAUCUUUAGUUUAACAAAAAUCCAGAAAACAACAAAUUACAAAAGCAGCAGUUCCCAGGUACGGCGUUCGGCGGAAAACUAUUUUAUAAAAAGCAUAUGACCAAACAAACUCCAAAUUAUUGAGAUAACACAGUGAGUGAGGUUCCAUUAUAUAUAUUUGAUGUAGAAUUGCAGAUUAAGAAAGGUGGUAUAUUUAUAAGCAUGAUAAUAGAGUAAGAAGUAAAGAAGGUUGGUCUACCUUCUAAGAGAUUAUAAAAUAGCAUUAGUUCCAUUAUUUUCCAUAAGCCAUUAAGAAAUGUCUCCUUAGAACCCUGCACAUCAUUUUUCAAUGUUCCCUCACAGUAACCCCUUAUAAUCUCCCCACCCUUUUGUGUCCCUAAACACCUGCCCACUUCGCCCAUAUUCAUUCAUCAUAUUCUAGUUUGCUCGUGCGCCUUCGUAUUUUUGUUUUAUCCUAAAUCAUUAUGGCAGCUGCUUCAGGGACUAGUUCUCCUUGUGGUGCAUGCAAGUUUUUAAGGAGGAAAUGUGCCACUGACUGUAUUUUUGCUCCUUACUUUUGUUCUGAUCAAGGGCCUGCAAGAUUCGCUGCAAUUCACAAAGUGUUUGGUGCUAGUAAUGUUUCCAAAUUGUUGUUGCAUGUUCCUGUGGCGGAUCGAUGUGAAGCUGUUGUUACCAUUGCUUAUGAAGCUCAAGCAAGAAUUCGGGAUCCAGUUUAUGGUUGUGUCGCCCAUAUUUUCGCGUUGCAGCAACAGGUGGCAUACUUGCAAGCCCAGCUGAUGCAAGUGAAGUCUCAAAUGACACAAAGUCUCAUUGAUUCAAGGACCUCGGAAAUUCAGUGGUCCGGAAAUAUGUGCAUGGGAGGUAAUGGAAUGCAGACAACCUUGCCUCCGGCAUAUGACAAUUAUAGUAGCCACAGUUCAGCGAAGAACGAAUAUAUGAACUCUGUAUCACCUCAAAGCUCAAUGGAAUCAGGUGAUUACGGAAACGAAGGAAUGAACAUGCAGGAAAUACAAAGCAGAGAUGAUCAGUUGAUGUUACUGAUUCAAAAUGCUAUGAAGAGGCCUCCGGAUAGUUUUUCACCAACUGAAUAUGGCGAACUUCAAUCAUUGGCUCAUAGAAUGAUGAGGAAUUAACUGCCUACUUCACUUCUUACAAACUCCUGACAUGAUAUAUGAUCCAUUUGUAUGUUAAUUUUCUAAUCAUGGUAGAUGUAGAUUUUGUGAGAAGCUUCGUUAAUUAGUCAGCUACUUGCAAGUCUUGCUGAUGUGCCCCUGGAUGGGCUGUUUUUCACCUUUUCUUGAUAUCUGUUAAAACGAAGUAAUAUCAGAAAUUUAUAUUUAAUCGUACUUGAAACUU